UCUAGUCUCAAAAUGGCGGAAAUUGUAGCUUACGAAGAUGAGUCCGAAGAUCGUUCGAUUGAAGAAAUCUUCGAAGCGUUUCUUUUACGCUAUGCCACCGUACGUGAGAUGAAAAACAAACAUGUUGAGCUAGCGACUUUUAUCAGACGCUUCUUCAUCUUGCAUCAAUUCUGGAUUGAGGGCGAAUUGACUUAUUGGAAGUUGGCACGAGGAUGGUUAAUUUACACAGUGUCAAAUACAGAGAUUAUUGUCACUAUUUGCCACAUGGUUCGAGUAACAAUUUUAACAAAAGAAUUUCAUCUCGGUGACUAUACAACCAACCUAACCUUAAUCAUAGCCCUCCCAUUGGGUUUCUACCUCUUUCAAACCUUAUAUCUGCAGCAAAAAGGUUGGCAAGCGUUGGUUUUAGAAAUGGGUAAUUUUGAAGUGUACGAAAAACCUCCGGAUUUAGAAGUACGCGCUGCCAUGUCGGAUGUAUUGAUAAAAAUCACUUUAUUGAUCAUAUUUCUACCGGUGCCAUUUUUGGCUUAUUAUAUUAUAACAGCAAAUUGUCCGGAUCCUGAAGAUUAUGCGUGUGGGAUUAUGUUUCCGGCGUAUUUUCCGGGAUGUAUGGGACGUUUUCGGCCAAUUUGUGGACUUGUGCAUCUUGCUACUGCGUACUCAAUUGCUUAUAUUGGAUAUUUAUCUUCGUGUUUUUAUAGUCAGUUAUCGGAGUUUAUUGUGAUAUAUUUGCAGUAUUUUCAAACAAUGUUGAAGAAAAUACCGACCAUUGAGAAUUGGGAUGAGAGAUGGGCACAUAUGAAUAUGACUUUGAAGUAUCAUCAAAGAAUUUUAGAAUUGUAUGAAACUUAUUACUUUUUGGUAAAAGAUGCGUUUUUAAUUCAUAUUUUCGGAACGCCUGUUGUACUCGCCGUGUUGAUUUACACAUUUUUGACAGAUUUUAGAAUUCAGAAUGUUGCUCAUUCUCUUUUGUGGGUGUUUUCAUUGAGUUAUGUAUGCUUUUUUGGACAGAGAAUGGUGGAUGAGGUAAAAUUUUUUUCUAUUUUGACUAAAAUUUACUUUUUUACGCUUUUUCUGUUAAUUAUGCGUUUUUAG